AACAAGAUUCAGCCAUGUGGCCCAGCAGCUUCAAGUUUCCUGCUCAAAACAUGUCUAAAAUGUGGCUUACAGUUCAACCACCUGUGUGACACUUUAAAGCAUCGAUAAUGAGGGACAGAACUGAAUGAAGAGGCUGAAUGAAGUAUGGCUAUGCUGGGUAAGUGUAUCUGUGGCUGUGUUCAGUCUACUCCCACUGGCAUUGAGCCUGGAAUUAACAGAACCAUUCGGUAGCUUCACGUCCCCCAAUUUCCCAAAUGUGUAUCCAAAUAAGCAGCAUAUAGUGUGGAACAUCACGGGUCCAGUGGGGCACAAGCUUCGGCUCUACUUCACCCAUUUCAGCGUGGAACCCUCACUACACUGCGAAUACGACUACUUACAGGUGUUCCCAGAGGGCAACGACACUGUCCGGUUCUGUGGUGAAGAAGAGAAAAAUUAUGAGGAUUCCCCAAAGAAUACCGUCCUCUACUCCUCCACAAACACCAUGUCUGUCAUCUUCAGAUCCGAUUACUCUAAUGAGGGACGAUUCACAGGAUUUCAGGCUUUUUAUUCCUCAGAAGACAUCGACGAGUGCCUGAUUACUGUGGAUGGAGAGCCUGUGUGUGACCAUUAUUGCCACAAUUACGUGGGGGGCUAUUACUGCACUUGCAGACUGGGCUACCAGCUCCACGCCAACAAAAAGGACUGUACUGUGCAGUGCAGUGGUCAGGUGCUGCGGGAGAGGUCAGGGGAGCUGACCAGCCCCGAGUAUCCAGCGCCGUACCCCAGAAUGCUGCAGUGUGACUACACCAUCAGCCUGCUGGAGGGCUUUGAAGUGAGCCUGGACCUCCAGGAGCCGUUUGACGUAGAGACUCAUCCCGAGGUGCCCUGCCCUUAUGACAUCCUGAAGAUCACUGUAGGUUCAAGACAGUACGGGCCGUUCUGUGGAAACAAACCACCUGCCAGAAUUGAAACCGGCUCUCACAUAGUGAAGGUGACGUUCCGCUCAGACGGCUCAGGAAAACACCGGGGCUGGAAGAUAAAGUACUCCAGCACAGCCAAACCCUGCCCGAACCCAGUAGCUCCCCUUCAUGGCUACAUUCACCCUCAGCAGGACCAGUACAUCUUAACAGACACUUUCAACGUUACGUGUGACCUUGGCUAUGAGUUAACUCUGGGGAACGAAAACCUGCCCACCUAUCAAGCCAUGUGCCUGAAGGACGGAUUCUGGGAUGGUCCAAUGCCUCUCUGUACAUUGGUGGACUGUGGAAACCCCGAUCAGAUCAGCAAUGGAAGUGUCAAAUUCACUACAACCAAAUAUCAGUCUCAGAUCCAGUACAGAUGCAUUCAGUUCUACGAAAUGAAAAACAACACCACUGGAGCUUAUACCUGUGCUCAUGAUGGAUACUGGAAAGAUGCACUGGGUGGAAGAAAGCUUCCAGAAUGUACACCUAUCUGCGGGAAGCCUCAAGGAAGACUAUCCAGGGUGAUUGGAGGGGAGAAUGCAUUAAAGAAUGAGAUCCCCUGGCAGGUGAUGGUUCUGAAAAAUGACAAGUUCCAGGGUGGCGGGGCACUGCUCAACGAUGACUGGGUCCUCACCGCCGCUCACGUCUUGCGCGGCUACGGCGAAGUGUCCAACCUGAAGGUGAAGAUGGGCAUCGUCAACCGACAAGACCCUGAUGCAGUGCUGGGGAUUCCUGUGGAAGUCUUCAUCCACCCACAUUACCGUCACAAUGAGGUCAACUUCAACAAUGACAUUGGUCUGAUUAAAUUGGAUCAUAAGGUACCCAUAAGCCCGGCCAUCAUGCCAGUGUGCUUACCAGGAAGAGACGAGCGGUUCCUGCUAAUGACCAAUGACUAUGGAACAGUGAGUGGGUGGGGCAUUUGGAAGAAGACUGGUAGGUUUGGUUCUCCUCAACUGAAGUUUGCAGAAAUACCUGUUGUUGACUUUGACCAAUGCAAGGCUAAGUAUGCCUCUGUAGUGACUGAUAAAGGGAAGCUGGUGGUGACGGAAAAUAUGAUAUGUGCAGGUCUGACAGAGGGGGGGGUGGAUUCCUGUAAAGGGGACAGCGGUGGCCCAUAUGUGUUUCUGGACAACCAAAGCCGUAGAUGGUUCAUUGGUGGCAUCGUCUCUUGGGGCUAUUCGUGUGCUGAAGCUGGUUAUUAUGGGGUUUACACUAAAGUGACCAAUUAUCUAUCUUGGAUAGAAGAGACCAUGUCACAAAACAAUUAAAGCAUAAGAUUUAUUAUUUUAAAUUUAAAGAAGUAGCAUUCCUGAAUUGCAAAGGUGAUAAAAAAGGUUUUAAUUAAUGGUAUCAGUGUGCUGGCAUGGCCAUCUCUGCAAUGGCUAAUAUAUUAAUUCCAAAAACAUACAGACUGUCCCUUUUAAUAUAAAAAAAAUAUUUUAUUCUAUACCAUUUCAGUUUUGUUGACAUAUCCAUCCCAGUAGUUUAAUAGCACGGAUUUCUUCACCCAUCAUCCAAUAUCCAAAUAAAUUAAGGUCAGAAUCAUCUUUUGAAAACAGUCACUGCAAUAAAUGGAUUUAGCAUAGCCAAGAGCCACUUGUUGCAUUUAGACAGAGCUGGAACAUGCUUGCCUUAAUGCAGAGGUGUUGUUUAAAAGUAAAAUGAGCUGUUUCUGUCUUUCGACCUCGGCGUUAUGAUUUAUAGUCAUUUACCUCUUAUGCAUUAUGCAUCUGACACCAUAUUGCAACCAUUACCUUCUAUCAUCACGGCCAUUCAGGCCUCUUGACUUGGGUGUAAUGGCCUCUUCAGAGGUUUUCUAGCCCUGUAGAGUCUCAAUCGGUUUCACCUCCAUUUACACCGGCUCUAAUCAUUUGGAGUUUAGCACCGUAUGAGAAAGAGAUCUUUUACAGGUUCAGUGCUAAUGUCAGAGCAUUAAAAUCAACAAUAAACUUCAGAAUUACACAGUA